AUGAGCUUACCAAGAACCAAGCGCAGUCGCUUCACACUUCAGCCCAGUCUCCGAAGGUCAGAGGGAGAAGAUGGUGAGAUCGAUGUCCUGGGAGAGGAGGAAGGUGAAGAGGCGGAGGAGGAGGAAGAGGAAUACCAGGAGGCGGAGGGGAGCCAGAUGCACCUAGAGCAGCCCGGGCCUCAAGGGGCGCGGCCCGCUGCGAGUUCACUUCCCAGAGAGCGCAACGAGGGCGGCUGUGGCCAGAGCGACUCUUCGGAGUUUGGCAGCAAGUUCAGGGCGCAGACGAGGUCCGCGGCGACCUCUGGAGACGCCCCGCAGCCGACCAAGCCCCCCUACUCGUAUAUCGCGCUCAUCACCAUGGCCAUCCUGCAGAGCCCGCACAAGCGCCUCACGCUCAGCGGUAUCUGCGCCUUCAUCAGCGGCCGCUUCCCCUACUACCGCCGCAAGUUCCCUGCAUGGCAAAACAGCAUUCGUCACAACCUCUCACUCAACGACUGCUUCGUCAAGAUCCCCCGCGAGCCGGGCCACCCAGGUAAGGGUAACUACUGGAGCCUGGAUCCCGCCUCCCAGGACAUGUUCGACAACGGUAGCUUCCUUCGACGAAGGAAGCGUUUCAAGCGCCACCACCCGUCCCAGGGCGGUCACCUGCACCACCCUUUCCCACUGCCCGCGGCGCCCGCCAACCUGCACGGUCCCCACCCAGGCCUCCUCCUCGGGUCCCCGGUGCCGUCGCAGCCUGUCCCAGGGGCCUAUCCCACCACCACACCAGGGAGCCGCCAGUGUGCGCUGCUGCACCCGCAUCCACUACGCUACCUGCUGCUCUCAGCCCCAUCCCAUGCGGAAGUGCCCAGGAAUGCGGAAGGCGCGGACUUGGCAAUCCCUGCACCCUCCGGUCGCUGCAGCCCUCGUUGGGCUCCCAUCCUUGGGAGGAGGACAAGGGCCCGGUGUCGCGACAUGGAGGUGGACGCACCUCCUUCAGCAUUGAGAGUAUUAUGCAAGGCGUCAGCGGAGAGGGAAGAAGGGCAGCGCAGGGUGUUGCCCCGACCCCAUGGAGCUACUGCCACCUGCUCCAGCACCCGUCGUGCCUGUCGGACAAUUUUGCAGCAACAGCAGCAGCCGCAGCAGCAGCAGCAGGACUGUGCCAGCAGCUGCACUCCCAGCAAAGGUACGAUGCUGGGCCGGCACUUGACAGCCGUAGCCGCGCUGCUAAGGUACCAACCCGCAGCAGAGGGCUCUAGAUCAGCUUCGCUGGCCGCCUCUUCCAGUGGAGAGGGGACUUCACCGGCCUUUUGAUUGGUAAGGACAUCCUGCCUUCUGGCGGUUCUCGCCGGGCGCACCUGGAGCCAGUGUCAGAGCCAGACCACCCAAUGCUCUGCUCCCUUGCCUCUCGCGGCUUAAGAGUGUGCAUCUAAAUCCCGCAGCCUAGCAGUCACUAAUUUCUGUUCGUUGUAAAUUACAAAGGAACAGUUGUAUUCGGUUUUCUUAAAGAUAACCUGAACGUUGUAAACUUCGGAGGAAUCAAGUCUCAGUCUUUUCUUUUUCUGCCUCCAGUUGCACAGUUUUUCCAGUUUGCACAUUUUCUGAGGAACUGUGUGUUUAACGCUCUGGUGUUAAAAGAAAAACGAAGAAAGUAGAGUCUCCAAUGCAAACCAUGUUUCCCCUUCUUUGUUGCCUAAGAACUGCAAGUAUGCUCAAGAUUAGUGCAAAAUGCUUAUGCUCUCUGUGUCCUCCU